AUGGAGAGCGACCAGGUAAAGGUCCUGAAGGAAAAAGCCAAGGAAGCGAUCGAUAUCUAUUCUCCUGAAUUAUAUGAACUGAACAAAAGUGUAUGGGAAAACCCAGAGCUUGGUCUUCAGGAGAGAUUUGCUCACGAUCAGCUGACAGAAUUCUUGGCGGAUCAAGGCUUCGAUGUAAUUCCUCAUUACACUUUGGAUACGGCUUUUCGGGCGGAAUGCGGAGAGGAUGGAGGUCUUACAAUUGGACUGAUUAGUGAAUAUGAUGCUUUACCGGAAGUAGGACACGCUUGUGGACAUAACCUGAUUGCUGAAUCGGGAGUAGCGACGGCUUUAGGCAUGUUUAUGUUGUUCAUUUGCUUGACAAACUUCUACCUGCCUAAUAAAGCGAUCCAUAUUUAUCGGGCACGUAUCAACCUGUUUUCUCGUCUAUUAUCUAUACUAGCCUACACUAUGUAAUGCAUUACGUAUACAUUUUAAAACAGUCUCACAUUGCUAUAUAAAAACAUCACUUAAAAGAGUAAAUUAUGUUUCCAAAUGCGUCAUGGGGAUUCGGAUGUCUUUUACGCUGAGAUCAACACGGGGGGUCUAGAAACUGAAAUAUAAUCUCUAAAAGCUGAUGGAACUGCCUAGAGUUCAAUUUGAAAUUAAAGAAAUAUUGUGUAUGCAAUAGCUGCUAUGCUGUGCAGACUAGAUAAUUCCUAAAUAUAGAUAAAGUGAGACAUCUGGCAUGAGCAAACAUUCCCUCAAUGAUGUUUUAUAUUGGUCCUAAAUUGUUCAUCCAGUUUGAAACUCCUUGAACUGGUUUUAUUUCUUAGGUCUCAAGAUUGCUUUGAAUGCCAUUAAUCAGAGACCCAAAGUCAAAAUAGUUCUCCUUGGAACUCCUGCUGAGGAAACAACAGGUGGCAAGAUUUCAAUGAUCAAGAAUGGUUGCUUCAAAGAUCUUGACUUUUGUAUGAUGGUUCACCCAAGUUCAGUAGAUGUUCUCAAACCAGUCAUUUUAGCUAGUGAAAGUGCUACAAUCACCUACAAAGGUCAUGCUGCUCAUGCUGCCGCAUUCCCCUGGGAAGGAAUUAAUGCCCUUGAUGCCGCAGUCAUGGCUUACACAAGCAUAAGUGCACUAAGACAGCAGAUGAAGCCCACAUGGCAUGUUAACCUUAUCAUUUCCAAGGGUGGUGUUAAGCCAAACAUCAUUCCUGACCGUGCUCAGCUACAGUGUUACAUUCGAGCUAUGACUGACAGCAACCUUGAAGUGUUAAAAGAAAAGGUGAAGAAUUGUUUUGAAGCAGCUGCAUCAGCCACAGGUAAGUAACCUAAAAAAACAAAUUAUGGCAGACUUGUUCUCAGUCCUCUGUUUCAUUUUCUAUAUACUAUGUGUCUUUUUCAAGAAGUAAAAGGGCACACCUGGGUAGGAGCCUAACUUUCUAAAGGCUAAGUGACUGAGACCAGUUUGGAGAAAUUUGGAGAAACAAAUUUACUUCCUCAAGGAUCUUGCCCACUCCCUCCAAAUUUGUUUUGGCACAUCUUGUUUUUGUCUUUCCCCCAAAUGUAAACAGGGGUUUCAAUAUUUUUUUUCAUUAACAUGUACAAAUUGUGUAUUUGGUGGCCAUGCCUGAGAAGAGGUUAUGAGGCAAAACUCAUGUACAAGAGACUGCUCGCUGGCUAAACAGAUGGUGAUAAGAGGUGUUUUAGGUGUCGUUAGACUGCCAGUAAUGGACUCUUAUUGAAACACCUGGCUUAAAACUAGAAUACAAUCACACUGAAACAAACAACACAAUUGUUUCAUUGAUAGAGAACAUAAAUCAAUUUUUCUCUUUGACGACAAAUUUCCAAAAAGAGAAGGAAGUUUGGUCUGUGCCAGGGAGAAUCUUGUAUUAAGAAGGUGAGCUAGCAUAGGAUGCACCCUAAUGUUUAAAAUUUGCUCUUUUCCAACAGGCUGCAAAGUCUCCAUGGAGUGGGAAACAGCCACUAGAUAUUCACAUCUGGAAACCAACAACACCCUUGCUGAACUGUACCAAGCCAAUGCUGAGUCCUUAGGAGUAUCAUUUCCACCUGAGGCAAAGUUCUCAGCAUCCACUGAUAUGGGAAAUGUUUCACAUUUAGUUCCUUCUAUCCAUCCCAUGUAUUCUAUUGGCACAACUGCACCCAAUCAUUCUCAUGCAUUCACAACAGCAGCAGCAACAGAGGAAGCUCAUGAGAAAACUUUGAUUGCCAGCAAGGCAAUGGCCAUGACAGCUAUCGAUGUAUUGUGUAAACAAGAUUUCAUGGGUAAAGUGAGGAUUGACUUUAAACAACCAAAUGAGGGUGAAAAUUAACUGUCAUGGAUGGAAAAGUGAGGACAAGUUGCCAAAAGUCAUUAGGGACAGUUUCUGCAAAAUUACUCCUAAAGAUAUAUCUGUGAGUUCAGUGUGUAAUUGACAAAUCUUAGAUUGAUACAACAUGUAUAUGAAACAAUGGUUUGAUGAAACUUUCAAAUGCACACUGAAGUUCAAUUUGACAGAUGUGCUUGAUGUGUUUGGUAAGGAAAGAAUAAAUCAUAACAGAUAUGAGCAAAAAGUGACAAUGGAAAGAAUUAAAGC